AUGCCGUCUCGUCCAGAUCGUUGGUCACAGUAUGAUGAAGCUCCGUAUCGAACAGGCGGAAUGGAACGAGUAGGCUAUGAUGAAGAAACCGGUCGAUACUACUUCCAAGAGGGCACAGAAUUGUACGAAGGCGAGCCCGGAGCUGAAUUUGGCGGAGAGCUGAGACAUAUUGGACCUGCACCACCGCGCAGGACAGUCACACGGGAUGCCAGCGACGAUAAUAGACUCGGCUGGCGGCAGCUCGCGCCGUUUCUCUUACUCGUCUUUGUCGUACUCCUUCUCGUCAUUCGCUACUUUUCGUCGUUUUCCGUCUUUAUGCCCACUCCCAUUACUUGUGAGGAUAACCAGGAGGUGUACCGGGCAGCCAAGGGUGACAAUUGCUGGGUGAUUGCCAACGGAAGAGGAUGGACAACGGACGAUCUCUUCAAGUAUAACCCGGGCUUGGACUGUAAUCCGCUGGCCGUUGGGACGCAGAUUUGUCUCCCCCCUCUACCGUACUAA